AUGUUAAAACAACAAAAAUAUUUAUUUAAUAAUUUUUAUUUACAGAAAAAUAAGUCUAAAAAAAAUGUCAACCAAACAGAUACAGAUGCUAUAAAGAAAAAAAAACUGACAAGUAGAAAAAGAAAAGCACUUCUAAAAAUUAUAGAAAAAAAACAAAAGAGCCAAAAGAGAUCUGAAAUGUUAAAUGAAUUGAAGAGUCUUGAACUUUCAGCACCUUCAUUGUCUUUGAUGACAUCUAUAAGUCAAACACAAACGAGUGGAUUAAGAAAUGCAUUAAAAGAAAAAAAAAAAUGUCAAACACCUAAGCAGUCCAUUGAAGAAAAUGGGAGCUCAGAUGAAAUGACCGUUGAUGAAGAUGUUGGUUCAGAACUUGACGAAGAUUAA